UCCCCGGCGGGGCAGGGCCGUGGGCGGGGAGGAGCGGGGCUCGGCUCGGCUCAGCACGGCUCGGCACGGCUCGGCUGGGCUCGGCACGGAGCUGGCAGCGGCGGGAUGUUCAGCUGGCUGGGCAAGCAGGGCGGCGGGCGGGAGCGCGGCGGCGGAGGCGGCGACGUGGUGCAGACGGUGACCGGGGGGCUGCGGGACCUUUACCUCCGUAAGCUGCUGCCGCUGGAGGAACACUACCGCUUCCAUGACUUCCACUCGCCCGCCCUGGAGGAGGCCGAUUUCGAGAACAAGCCCAUGGUGCUACUGGUGGGGCAGUACAGCACCGGCAAGACCACCUUCAUCCGAUAUCUACUUGAACAAGACUUCCCAGGCAUGCGGAUUGGUCCAGAGCCUACCACAGAUUCUUUUAUUGCUGUGAUGUAUGGAGAGUCAGAAGGAAGCGUUCCUGGAAAUGCCCUGGUUGUUGAUCCUAAGAAGCCAUUCCGCAAACUCAGCCGUUUUGGAAAUGCUUUCCUGAACAGAUUCCUGUGUUCUCAAUUGCCUAACCAGGUGCUGAAGAGUAUCAGCAUUAUUGACAGCCCAGGCAUCCUCUCUGGAGAGAAACAGCGCAUCAGCAGAGGCUACGACUUCUGCCAAGUCCUCCAGUGGUUUGCAGAGAGGGUCGACCGCAUCAUUCUCCUCUUUGAUGCCCAUAAGCUGGAUAUAUCUGAUGAGUUUUCAGAGGCUAUAAAGUCAUUCCGGGGCCAGGAUGACAAGAUUCGAGUGGUGCUUAAUAAGGCUGACCAGGUGGACACACAGCAGCUGAUGAGGGUCUAUGGUGCACUCAUGUGGUCCCUGGGAAAGGUGAUCAACACUCCAGAGGUGCUGCGGGUCUACAUUGGCUCCUUCUGGGCCCAUCCUCUCCGAAACACAGAGAAUCGAAGACUCUUUGAGGCAGAGGCACAGGAUCUUUUCCAGGACAUCCAGAGUCUCCCGCAGAAGGCCGCAGUGCGGAAGCUCAACGAUCUCAUUAAGAGGGCGAGACUCGCAAAGGUACAUGCUUAUAUCAUCAGCUACCUGAAAAAAGAAAUGCCCUCUGUUUUUGGAAAAGAGAACAAGAAGAAGGAACUGAUCAGCAGGUUACCUGAGAUCUAUGGCCAGCUGCAAAGAGAAUAUCAUAUCUCAGCAGGGGACUUCCCUGAAGUCAAAAAAAUGCAGGAGCAGCUGGAGACUUGUGACUUCACUAAAUUUCACUCUUUGAAACCAAAGCUUAUUGAAGCUGUGGAUAAUAUGCUGGCAAACAAGAUUGCCUCCCUGAUGAGCCUGAUCAGCCAGGAAGAAAGCAAUAUGCCCACAGAGUUGGUUCACGGUGGGGCAUUUGAUGGCACCAUGGCAGGACCUUUUGGCCAGGGAUAUGGAGAAGGCGCAAAGGAAGGAGCUGAUGAAGAAGAAUGGGUUGUUGCCAAAGAUAAACCUGCUUAUGAUGAGAUUUUCUACACUUUAUCACCAAUCAAUGGCAAAAUAUCCGGGAUCAAUGCAAAGAAAGAGAUGGUGACUUCCAAACUACCCAACAGUGUCUUGGGGAAGAUCUGGAAACUCGCAGAUUGUGAUGGUGAUGGGAUGUUGGAUGAUGAGGAAUUUGCAUUAGCAAAACAUCUCAUCAAGAUAAAACUGGAUGGAUAUGAACUGCCUGGCACACUGCCUUCCCACCUGGUGCCACCAUCUCACAGGAAACCUUUGCAGACAGCAGAGUGAAAAAUCUUAGGAGAAGAAUGAGGAUUUUGGAUGUCUUUCAAUGAAUGUGUUAAAACUACUGAAAUUUGAAUUUAGGCUUAAAUCUUUAAACCUCACAGCCCAUUUCACGCAAGUUACUGAAAUUAGAAGCAUAGUAGCAGGGAAACAUUUGUGUAGUAGUCCCUGCUGACCUUCACUGAGACAUGCUUAUCACAAGUGCCUUCUAUAGAUCUAUCAUAAUGCGUGGAUGGUAAGGUGAAAAUGUUUCUGUAGUGUUGCUUCCAUAUCUUGCUGCCUCUACAGCCGUAAAGCAGAAAACAAAAGUAUGAAAUCACUGAUCUUCACCAAACCUAAGCACUUAGCAACCAUGGGUUACUCCAAACUAUUUAUUUUAGUUAGUGCAAGGAAGCUCUAAAUGUUAUAUUCACCUGCCUAUGAGAGGAACAUUUUCUACACUGAAAGCAUACUUUAGGCAUCAAGUGAAUGUCAACAUUUCUAUAGGUUAAGAAAAGGCAGAUAUAAAAAGAAAUUUAAGUUUUUAUUCUAUUUUUUGUUGUUCUUAUUUAAUUUGGGAGUAGAGAAAGAGUAAAGUUGUGGCAAGAAUAUUAAGUGCUCAGAAUAUGAGCAGACUUGUUUAUGAGCAGACUUCUUUUAAAACUCUGGUGCUUAUAGCUAGAAAGUACAAAAUAUUAAAAUGAUUCUUUCAGUCUGUCAUCAGUCUUAUCUGAAGAGCUGCUGCUGCAGUUUUGUACAGCACUGUAUACUCAGUAUUAUCUUUAAAAGAACUGAAUCUCCUUUGUUCCUUGGAUUUGGUGUUUCUUUUGAGGUUUCAGUUUAGCUGCGCUGCAAAUUCCUGAAUUUUUCAGUCAGAGCAGAAUGUUUCCAUUGAAAUAAAGUUUCCAUUGAAAUAAAGUCUCAUAUAAUGUUCAGAAAAGGUGCAUUGUUCAAAGUCAGCAUCUUCAAAGCACGUUGAAUUGUCUUGAGAAAUUUUCAUGGGUAUUUAACUUUUAUUUACAGUUAAUUAUACAGGUAUCUAUAUUAUCUUAUACUUUUUUUUUUAAGUAAGGUUUUUUAGCUCUUUCUUUUGCCAGCAGGUAGCUGACAACCACUGAAGAGAGAUUUGAUUGAUAUGGUGGCAGAUUUGAAAGCUGGGGCUACUAACAGAAAUCUUUACAUUGACUGAAAUAAGUUAUAGACUGGUCCCUUCAAAUAUUAUUCCUUUAUUAAAACAAAAAGAAUGGAUUAUUAAUCGUCAUUUUUCUAUUGACAAAAUCAAAUGUUGAACAUAUUGGCUUACUGCUGCUUCCAACUGAUUUUACCAGUACCUUAAAAGAAGGUAUAUUUUUGGUCCUGUGAACCUGUCUUUUGGGGAGGGCCACUUCUUUUCUGAAAUCAAACUUGGCAGUCAUUGUAAGUCUAUGUAUGUGAACAAGAAUUGACUUGUACUCCAUUUGUAGUAUGAAAUGCCCUACAUAUCAAAGGUACUGUAACUUCAGGCACUUUUUCUUUGAGUCUCAGUAAGUAUUAGCAGUAGUGCCUUCUGAGACAGAGCAAGCCAAAAAGUGUUUUAGCAUCUUUGCAGUGGGGGUAGGGAGGGAAGUAAUUUGAAUGUUGUCUCUGAGUUAAGACUUCAGUCACAUUUACAUGUUCAGAUUUGUAGGUGUGAUCUAAGAAGAGCCUCAGCUUUUUCUUCAAAUUGUGUGUUUGUAGGUUGUUGGUCGGUUUUCAUACUUCAAAUCUUUCUGGACUGCUUAUCUUUCUGCAUCUUUUCUAUUCUAAUGUGGAAUUACCAUGAACUUUGCUAGGACUCUUCCAUGUGAAAACAAUGAAGCUAUUUUAAAUGGUGACAGAAGAACACCUUCACUUUGCCAGGCUUCCGGGCCUGUGUCAAGGAUAUCCCAGCACAGUUAAUCAUUCUUGAGGACUUGCUUGCUUUGUCUUAUUCUUAGUUUUUUCUCUUAUAAUUCAAGUGUACCAACUUUAUUUCUGUUAGACCUAUGGUAGGAGCCAAAUUAGCCUUAGUGCAUCUCUGUGCACUUCCGUAGAGCUGUGAAACUUGACCAUGAGUCUACCUGUGUGACCACGUGUCUGCAGAGUAACUGAUUCUCUAUGUAAUUUAUUUUUAGUUGAACAAAAAGUAUUAUAUAGACUUUGCAAGGGGUGUUAAAAAUCAGGCUGUUAGUUUGUGGGUAGUUUUUGUACUCAGUGACAAGUUUGUACACUAAUGACCAACCAGAAUAGCUUUGCAAGGAAAGCCACCAGGAGGAAGAAAACUUGUGUGUUUUGCCUAAUAUAGAGUGGGCAAAGCUGAGAGGAUCUUGGAAGCUGCUGAUCUUCCAACUCUGUUGUACUUACCUUGCUCUUCUGCUGCACAGGGUUCCAGGGUGGGCCUGUGUUUGAAUUCCCACCACGUGUAGCUUCCAGGAGUGAUGCUCCAAGUGUUUUGGAGCCGUGUGAUCCCAUGCCAGUAGAAAUAUCCUUCUGUAGCAAAGGGAGAGGAGCAGGAUAGUUUCUCAGUGAUUUAUAUAAACUUUUUUCUAGUUUUACUGGUAGUAAAAUGGAGAAUACAGCCUUUUUUUCAGACUCUGUGAGAAUGUGCUAACUUGGAUUUAGAGGGGACAAAUUGAAAUGCAUUAUUUUGAUAAUUUAAAUAUUUUCUUUAGAUAUAGUUGAAAUGUUUUGCUCUUUUCCUGCAAGACUUGAAGGGGAAAGGGAAUGCACAAAGCAUGUAUAAGAGUAGAGGUGGAUUCACUGUUGAUCUGGAGGAGUAGGAGCAUUUCAGGACCAGCAUGCAAUGAAUGCCUAUCUAGAUAUGUGGUGCAGUGCACUGGCAUGUUAACAGAGGUCAUAAUUAGUUGAUAGGAAUUCAAGUACAUUUCAUGUGGACUUUAAACUGCAGUUUCAUGUGCAGCUAAACUAAUCUAGUAGAGUGCUGUUGCUCGGGGGAAGCAAUCUGGAUAGUGCUCUGCUGAGUUAGUGAGACAACAUGUAAGGAGCAUGAGGAGGAGAGAAGGGAGCAGGAUUACCUUCUCAUGAAAGUGUGCUGUGGGUAGUUACUGGGAACAGUAGUGUGAGGUAAUCUUUGUUGUUCAUUUUAUGUUGUUAAUAAUCUCUGCUCAAGAAAGAACAAGAUCUUGGAGUGGUUGGCCAUUUUAUGCCAAGGAUUUUGAUUACAAAUGCUGAAGGAUCAUUCAAAACUGUCAAGAAUUCAUUCUGUGAAAUUAGUGCUCAUUGGUGUAGUCUGCUGCUGUAAACCAAAGUAGACACUGCUGCUUUUACCUCUUCUCUAGCUGUUCUGCAAUAGUUUUAAUUCCCAACUGAAAUUUUGUUCCCACAGAAAUCAAUUAGAUUUUUGUUUGGAAGAAAAAAUGUGAGACAACUGUUCAAAACCACACUACAGGGCAGCAAGACCCUUUCAAAACUGUGACAGGUUGAAAAUGGAGAGUUUACAAAGAUCUUUAGGUCAGGAUGAGGUUCUGCUCCUUAGUUAAGAAUGGUGUAGACUUGCAUGGAAUAUGGUAUCAAAGCCGUGGUAUCCAGUCCCUGAUUUUUCAACAUCAUUUAUCUCCAGUACUUGAAGGGCACACUAUUUUUCUUCUCACUUUCUUCCCUUCACCAUGUGCACUCAGUUCGAUGGCUCUUUGUAUUGUUGGAAUUCAAACAGAGAAUUUGAAGUGUAUGUUCUCUUGUGUAUGUGUAACUUAGCGUGGAGAGAAUGAACAUGAACUUCUUGUACUUCACAUGCACACCUUUUCGAAUGCUUUUGUUGAAUACUGUGUUUUCCCCUUAAAGGCACUCAAUUUAUUUUUGAGGGAGUUUGAUCUGUGCAGAGCGCUUCACUUUGUCCAGCUAGGCAAACAAAGCUGUAAGUUCAUUAUUGUUGCACUUUUUAUUACACAAUAAAUUCCUUGCAGAUACUGUAA